AUGACAUUAGGAUAUAGCCCCGGAACCGGGGAUGAGAAUGAUUGCGCGGACACCACUCUGCGUCGAUUGACCGAAGUGACAAGUGGCACGGCAUUUGCAGCACAAUUUGUGGUUGAUUGGCAGUCAAGCGACUUUAGCAGAUUUCCUAGUGAGUAUGCAUCGUCUCUCGCAGCAGCGAUCAAAGUUCCCUUCGAGGACCCAGUCACUACCUCACCAAGCACGACUAGUACAAAUUUUGUACCUCCCUUCACGAACCCAAACAACGAAGACCCCGACGCUGCUAUGAGUCCCGGCGCCAUAGCUGGCAUAGCCGUCGGUAUUAGCGCGUUCCUCAUAUUCAGUAUCGUACUGCUCCUGUAUCUCCGGCGAAGGAUGAAACAGAAGCAGCAACAGCGUCUUCAGCAUUCAGACAUGUGGGAGAUGGAAGGGAGUUCAAGAGGAUUGAAGCACUUCCUGGAUAUGGCCCUGAUUGAAACAUUGACUGCUGACGACUCGGCCACUUGGAGCGUGUGGCAUCCAGUCGGCGCUCCUGCACUGCCUACAAUCUUCACCCAACCAUCAUCUAUUUGUUCAUCUAAAUGGAUACAAAAUCCUCUUACCUCUAACGAAGUCAUCAGUGGCUUCAUAUACUAUUCCACAGCUACAGAUCGCCGCGAAUAUUAUGGUAGCCUUCUGUCACCAAACUACUAUGCCAGCUGCCAUCCAUUGCGCCAAGCAGAGCCAAUAGCAUAUAGUCCCGGGUUGUGUACAGCUGAUCAAACUAUGCUCGCUAUAAGAGAGUUCCAUUAUCAGACUUCACGUUUAUGGAUGGGAAUUUGUUGUGAUUAUCCCAUGACACUCGUUUCCGGCAAGAACCGCUGUGAACAGAGUAUUACCAGCCCAGUGACAGCGCUCACAAAUUUUACGACUACCUUGCUGAACCAGAACAACACGAUUGUUACAAUAUCCGCCAUUGAUGUCGUGGAAAGAUUGUGUGUAGAGUCAGAUGGUAGUGCGGUUUGCCCGAAUUCCACGACUCUGAAGCGAACGACGGAAAUGACAUCUGGUACCAUGAUUGCGCCUCCAUUUGCCGUGUGGUGGGAAUCGACCGACCUAUCGAGCUUCCCUAGCUUGUACGCGUCGGGCCUCGCAUCGUUACUCAACAUCUCCUUCGGAACUACAGCUAGUAUCUCGUCAAACGAUACUCCUCCAAUAUUCCCACCUCCAAAUACAAAUUCAGAUAAAGAGAACUCCGCCUUGAGUCCUGGCGCGAUAGCUGGUAUAGCCGUUGGUGUAGGCGCGUUCGUCAUAAUCGGUAUCGUCUUCCUCCUGUAUAUCUUGAGAAGACGCAAGCAGCAAAGACAACGCCUCCAGCAUCGGAAUGAACCGGAGAUGGAGGGUAGUCCAGGAGAAUUUAAGAGCUUUACUGGCGGAAAUUGGAGAGCUGAGACGGACGGGACUACGGGGCUGGUGGAGACGGAUGGGACUACGGGGCCGGUGGAGGUGGAUGAGGAAUCGAGAGCUCAACCUGAACUCUCUGUUUUGCUUCCCACCUCAGCCUCGAACAAAAUUUCAACAAUGGCCUAUCCCUAUGUUCCUCGUGCCAGCGUCUACCGCCCAUCGUACGGUGACGUACUGCCACAGACACCAACAGCUAAUCAACCCAAUUACAACGCAGAGGUGAACCGCAUUCCUAUCAACCCCCGCCGUCACACCGCCUCAAAUAUAACUUCAUCCCAACAUCACCAACAAGACUCUCACCUACACCCCCUUAUCUACCGCACAACGCGCGCCUACGACCUCGUCAUAAAUUACGCUCGCGACUCUAAUGGCGGUACCCGCUGGUCGAACGAGGAUAUCGACGAUAUCAAGCAUGUUGGGAGAUAUCUACAUCGCGACGUGCGUGACUUAAAAUACUGGAAAGAAUUGGUUGCAAACGGGGGUGACAUGGAUGAGGGCACUGCGAGGAGGAUGUGGGACGAUGAAGAGAGGUUGAAGAAGUACUGCGAGCGGGUUCUGGAUGUGAUUAGGGAUACUGAAAAGGUCCCGUUUAUGCAGCGUAUGACACGCCAUGAGGAGAUACCAGCUGGUGAGGAGAUGGAAGAAGGUCCUAGGGGGAGCGAGUAUGAUGUUGAGGAUGGCCGCAACGGUCUCGGCGGAAGGACGAUCAAGGAGGAAAGCGUGGACGGUUCAAGACGGAGAAGUCGGAGAGUCCAUUCCGAAAAUAUGCUGCUGGUCGAACGCGCUGAGAUGCCUACGUCGACUUUCGAUACAGCGGCGAUAAUGGAAGGGGAGGAGACGAGCUACCGGCCUAGUAUGCUUUACAGCGUGCUCCCUACUGUUGUAUCGAACCACCUUCCGACGAUACCUUCACUCCGACAAUCUCUCAACGAUGUACGAAAUCGUGGCUCACACAGCAAGUCAGCCUCUGUCGAUGAACUGCCACAACCCGAGACGCCUCCGCCAGGCUACUCGUCGAUACCACCAAGCGGCUCUAUCACACCACAUAGACUCUCUGUUGCGCUGGGUGAAGCAGAUGCUGCUUUCGUGGACGACGCGGAGGAUAGGCCAGGGUCUUCAGGAAGCGCACUGCCACAACUAUAUCGCGCUCAAGAGACGAGCACUGGGAUUAGGUGGAGUUAUGCUUCCUUAGGAACAAGCCUCAUGGCUCAAGCAUCCCGAGAAUCCAGCGAAUUCAUUAGUACCUCUGACGAAACAUCCGCGACGCUCACCCGCCAACUCUACGUGCAUGGCGUAACAUAUCUACUGCGAGGGCUGCCAUCGAAGCUUACACCAGAAGAGACAUCGAGCAUCCAGGCCGCCCUUCCACAAGACCUCGUGGAGACAAGGCUUACCGCAGACACGCACGCCUUACUCGCCGUCUCCCAACAUACUGCAGCCACCCACCGUGCACCACCUCGCGACCCCACGAUUCUGCACCGGCUGACUGCGACCCUCGUCUUGCAAUCCUUCAUCCUUAUGCAGUUCCUGCUGCCAUAUAUCAAGUUAUUCCUCUCGCAUACCUACCAGUUCGAGCGGAAACACCAGAUCACAAAACGGCUGGUCAAUACGAGCGUUGCGACCGUCGAUGACAUUGGGCGGAAGACACUGAGGCUAAGCCAGACGGUAUGCCAAAUGAACGAUGGUAUGGUUGGUCAGGUGAUUAACGAGGUGGCUGUUUGGACUCUCCGCACGCCCCUCACCCACAACUCGAGCGUCCUGAGGAUACCACUGCAAUCAGCGCGCCUUCAGAAUGUCUCGUUCGCCGGCUUCCACAACAGCGCCACAAGGUGGCAACAAGAGGCUCAAGAGGCACAACAGAGCAUCGAGGAGGAUGGCCCCGUCACAGAGUUCAAGGAAUUGGCCACACGCGGACUCGUUCAUCCCAACCUCAUCAGAACUAUCACGAACCAGAUGAAGCUCACGACCAUGACGGACGUGCAGACCAGGACCAUCAACGAAGCCCUGAGCGGGGUUGACAUCAUCGCACAAGCAAAGACCGGUACCGGUAAAACGCUCGGUUUCCUCGUCCCCGUCAUCCAACGAAUCAUUGCAAACGCCCCCGAGCUCGGCGAGAAGCCCAGAGGAUACAAGCGUGCAAGACCCGAUGACAUUCGGGCCAUUGUCAUCUCACCUACCCGAGAACUUGCAGAGCAGAUCGCUGUCGAGGCUAAGAAGGUAACUUCCGGUACCGGCAUUGUCACACAAGUUGCAGUCGGUGGCACUCAGAAGAGGGCUAUGCUUCAGAAGACACAGCGUGAAGGAUGCCACCUGAUGAUUGCGACUCCCGGACGACUUUUCGACAUUCUUUCAGAUCCAUACUCUGGCGUCAAGGCCCCCAAAUUGAAUGCACUGGUCAUGGACGAGGCCGACCGCCUGAUGGAUGACGGGUUCUCCAAGGAGAUUGACGAGAUCAAGAACUUCCUGCCCGAUCCAGCUGAAGUCGAACGCCAAAACCUCAUGUUCUCUGCUACUAUUCCCCGCGAGGUUGUCGGCCUUGUCCGCGCGACCAUGCGACCCGGCUUCCACUUCGCAAAGUGUGUGGAUGAGAAUGAAGAACCAACGCACCAGCGUAUCCCGCAAAAAUACGUUAACCUCGCCGGUUUCGAGAACAUCAUGCCUGCACUGUACGAGCUCGUUCUGCAGGAGCAACAGAAAGCCCAAUCUGGCGACAGCCGGCCAUUCAAGGCCAUUGUCUACUUCAACAGCACCGCUGAAGUCACAUUGGCAGCAUCGGUUUUCUACAAGCUCGGUGGCGGUUUCAAGCGCAACACCCCUCUGUCCGGCCUCCGCGCCUAUGAGAUCCACGCCAAGCUCACCCAAGCGCAACGUACGAGGGCAGCAGAUGACUUCCGCUUCGCCAAGUCCGGCAUUCUCUUCUCCUCUGAUGUAACAGCUCGUGGCAUGGACUUCCCCGAGGUUACUCACGUCAUCCAAAUUGGUCUUCCUCGUGAACGCGACUCCUACAUUCACCGUCUCGGUCGCACAGGCCGUGCCGGAAAGGAAGGUGAGGGCUGGCUCUUCCUAACGCCUUUCGAGAGGAACGAGGUCCGCCGUCGUCUCAACAACCUUCCCCUCCAAGAUGGAACCCACACGCUCGAGACUGCGACGAUUGAUAUGACACAAGCAGCUGAGAUGCCCGAGGACGUUGCGAAGAUUCUAUCUGACACUGUCGAGGCACACAAGAAGGUCUACCCUGACCAACUUGACGCCGCAUUCCGUGGCCUCUUUGGAAGCUUUCAGUGGUACGGUGACAAGCAGGGUCUGCUGGAAGGUGCGAACCGUCUAGCAGAGUUUGGUUGGGGUAUGCCUUCGCCACCACCACCGCCUGCUAGCCUCCACAUGGGAGGCCGUGGACGUGGCGGCGGCGGCCGAAGCGGUGGUCGUGGCGGAUUUGGAGGUGGCUUCGGUGGUGACAGGGGCGGUGACAGGAGAGGCGGUGGCGGAUACGACCGUAGUUCGUACGGUGCUGAACGUAGUGGCCGAAGCGGAGGAUUCGGUGGCAACCGAGGUGGUGACCGUGGCGGCUUCGGCGGCGACAGGAGAGGAAGUGGUGGUUUUGGGGGUGACCGGAGAGGCGGCGGUGGCUUCGGUGGUGACAGGGGCGGUGACAGGAGAGGAGGAGGCGGGUUUGGUGGUGACCGACCAAGGAGGGAGCCAGCUUCACCCUUUUAG